UUUCUUAUAGUAGGUACUGCGCUAAUUCAUACUAUUUGAAUCACAGUCACCAAUCAAUAAUACAAUACUCAAAUUACAUUAUAAAAUCUUCAUAAGUAUCGAAUAGUUUCAAAACAGUUUUUAUUUCCAAAACUUACAAUUUAACAUUCUGAAUCUGAGUUUAUUUUUUUGAUAAAUUAACAUGUAUUUGAAAAGUAUACUGUUUUUCUACGUGGCGUCUUUCUUUUUCCAAUGUCAAGGUGUCCUUCCAACUGAAGAACAGAUUACUAUGAUUAAAGACUUGAUCGCGCCAAAAUUGGACCACGAUGGCAAAAUGAACUUUAGUCAAUUAAAUGAAGUAGUACUCCAAGUACAACAAAAAAUCUACGAAAAAUAUGGCAUAACCAAUGAAAAUAAUAUUGAUUUCGGUUUUCAAUAUGACAAUGAUCAAGUUGAAAUCGCCAUCCUAUCGUAUAUAGCUAUAGGAAAACCAGAAUUAAAUAGAUUGGUUAGAGACAUAGUCGAGAAUAAUUUGGGGCCAGAAACCUUCGUACCAUUUAAGAAAAUAAAAGCUAUAUGUGUCAAAGUAGCUAAGGCAGUUAAUAUAACACCCAGAGACUUCACCAGUAUUGAUGUGUUUAGAAGGCUGGAAUUAAAAUCAAACCGUAUGUUUCGAAAGGAUUAUGUUGUAACCUUAGCCCUAGCGUUUGCUGCUACAAAAGAACCGGGAAUACGUGAAAUAGUAAAAGAAAAGAUCCAGCGUUGUGAUGAUAGUCUAUUUAAAUAUUAUGAAGAAGUCAUAGCAAUAUGCACGGAAGUACAAAAUACAGCGCAUGUACCCAUGGAAUUACCUACAUAUGAGCAAUUCAUAGAGCCAUGGAAAAAUGGGUCAUACGCAGCGGAAACAGUUCAAAAUGCCAUUAUUCGACAUUAUUUUCCUUGAUAGUUUGAUUAUAACAUUAACUGUUCUCGAAUUACUGCAUGUAUGUAAUAUUUCACAUGUUCACAU